AUACUUGGAGGCCCCGCUCAGACGGUCCUUAAAACGUCUGAAAGGCCGUUCCUGCCAGAGUCCCUGCUACCUGUUACCUCCACCCUUAUUUAGUCCUAGUGGACAGCCUCGCUCACCCCUGGGAUGACACUUCUGGCGGGGCAGCGCUCGCCGUUGAAUGACUUCCAGGUGCUCCGGGGCACAGAGCUACAGCACCUGCUACAUGCAGUGGUGCCGGGGCCUUGGCAGGAGGAUGUGGCAGAUGCUGAAGAGUGUGCUGGUCGCUGUGGGCCCUUACUGGACUGCCAGUGAGUGGCCACUGGGCCUAGAUAAGACUGGGGGUAGGGGAAGCUGGGCUGUGGCAUUACCCUGUGCCUUCUCCAGGGCCUUCCACUACAAUGUGAGCAGCCAUGGUUGCCAACUGCUGCCAUGGACUCAACACUCGCCCCACACGAGGCUGCGGCGUUCUGGGCGCUGUGACCUCUUCCAGAAGAAAGACUACAUACGGACCUGCAUCAUGGACAAUGGGGUUGGGUACCGGGGCACCGUGGCCACAACCGUAGAUGGCCUGCCCUGCCAGGCUUGGAGCCACAAGUUCCCGAAUGAUCACAGAUACACGCCCACGCUCCGGAAUGGCCUGGAAGAGAACUUCUGCCGUAACCCUGAUGGCGACCCCGGAGGUCCUUGGUGCUACACAACAGACCCUGCCGUGCGCUUCCAGAGCUGCGGCAUCAAAUCCUGCCGGGAGGCCGCGUGUGUUUGGUGCAAUGGCGAGGAUUACCGCGGCGCGGUGGAUCGCACGGAGUCAGGGCGCGAGUGCCAGCGCUGGGAUCUCCAGCACCCGCACCAGCACCCCUUCGAGCCGGGCAAAUUCCUCGACCAAGGUCUAGACGACAACUAUUGCCGGAAUCCUGACGGCUCCGAGCGGCCCUGGUGCUACACUACGGAUCCGCAGCUCGAGCGAGAGUUCUGUGACCUUCCCCAAUGCGGGUCUGAGGCACAGCCCCGCCACGAGGCCACGACUGUCAGCUGCUUCCGCGGGAAGGGUGAGGGCUACCGGGGCACAGCCAAUACCACCACCGCGGGCGUACCUUGCCAGCGUUGGGACGCGCAAAUCCCGCAUCAGCACCGAUUUACGCCAGAAAAAUACGCGUGCAAAGACCUUCGGGAGAACUUCUGCCGGAACCCCGACGGCUCAGAGGCGCCCUGGUGCUUUACACUGCGGCCCGGCAUGCGCGUGGCCUUUUGCUACCAGAUUCGGCGUUGUGCAGACGACGUGCGGCCCCAGGGUGAGGCCCAAGCUUGGGGGCUAGAGCCGGGGCUGGAAGCCUCGAACCGGAGGGCCAGGGCGAGGUCUCGGCCUGAUGGCUGCCCCCACCCGCCGCAGACUGCUACCACGGCACAGGGGAGCAGUACCGCGGCACGGUCAGCAAGACCCGCAAGGGUGUCCAGUGCCAGCGCUGGUCCGCUGAGACACCGCACAAGCCGCAGUUCACGUUUACCCCUGAACCGCACGCACAACUGGAGGAGAACUUCUGCCGGAACCCAGAUGGGGAUAGCCAUGGGCCCUGGUGCUACACGAUGGACCCAGGGACCCCAUUCGACUACUGUGCCCUGCGACGCUGCGCUGAUGACCAGCCGCCAUCAAUCCUGGACCCCCCAGACCAGGUGCAGUUUGAGAAGUGUGGCAAGAGGGUGGAUCGACUGGAUCAGCGUCGUUCCAAGCUGCGUGUGGUUGGGGGCCAUCCGGGCAACUCACCCUGGACAGUCAGCUUGCGGAAUCGGGCCAGCAUUUCUGUGGCGGGUCUCUAGUGAAGGAGCAGUGGAUACUGACUGCCCGGCAGUGCUUCUCCUCCUGAACCCACAGCAUGGAGAGCCAGGCCUACAGCGGGUCCCAGUAGCCAAGAUGGUGUGUGGGCCCUCAGGCUCCCAGCUUGUCCUGCUCAAGCUGGAGAGAUCUGUGACCCUGAACCAGCGUGUGGCCCUGAUCUGCCUGCCCCCUGAAUGGUAUGUGGUGCCUCCAGGGACCAAGUGUGAGAUUGCAGGCUGGGGUGAGACCAAAGGUACGGGUAAUGACACAGUCCUAAAUGUGGCCUCGCUGAACGUCAUCUCCAACCAGGAGUGUAACAUCAAGCACCGAGGACGUGUGCGGGAGAGCGAGAUGUGCACUGAUGGACUGUUGGCCCCUGUGGGGGCCUGUGAGGGUGACUACGGGGGCCCGCUUGCCUGCUUUACCCACAACUGCUGGGUCCUGGAAGGAAUUAUAAUCCCCAACCGAGUGUGCGCAAGGUCCCGCUGGCCAGCCGUCUUCACGCGUGUCUCUGUGUUUGUGGACUGGAUUCACAAGGUCAUGAGACUGGCUUAGGCCCAGCCUUGACCCCAUAUGCCUUGGGAAGGACAAAACUUCUUGUCAGACAUAAAGCCACUUUUCCUCUUUACGCCUGUA